AUGGCAUCUCGGUUUGCCGAUGCCGAGGAUGACGAGACGGUGGGCAUGGCGAGCGGACCGAUGGCGGCGGUCCGGGGCGGAGGCGCAGCGCUGGUGGCAGGGAGCGGUGGCGAUGAGGCUGGGCAGGCUGGUGUGGAUGAAUCGGAGGAGGUGGCUCCUGCCACGGCUGUGCGGGCACCCAAGCCGGUGGUCAUGAUGUCCAAGGUGAAGGGCAACAAGCCGGUGCAGGCGGCGGCAGCGGAGCGCGGCGAUGAUGUGGCCGAACCCGAGGCAUCGAUGGAGGAGGAGUGGGACUCUGAUGAUCUGAUGGAUCUGGAGGGUGACGAGUAUGCGUUUGCGCAGGACUUUACGGUGGGCGGCGGGCGGACAGCGUCGAACAACAAGGGCGGCGGCGGCGGGCUGCAGCCGACCAAGGCUUCGAUGCAGCAGUUCUACACACGGAUCGACGUCCGGCGCAAGGUGCAAGAGUCUGAGCGCAAGGCAGCAGGCAGCUCACGGCCCAAGACAAAGGACAAGGCGGAUCGGGCAACGACUGAGCAGGUGCUCGACCCGCGGACUCGGAUGAUCAUUUUCAAGAUGCUGAACAAGGGCCUGUUUGAUGAGAUCAACGGAUGCAUCUCGACGGGCAAGGAGGCCAACGUGUACCACGCGCUGGGCGCCAAUGGGCAGGGCUACGCGGUCAAGGUCUUCAAGACCUCGAUUCUUGUCUUUAAGGACCGCGACAAGUACGUGACCGGCGAGUUCAGGUUCCGGCGCGGGUACUGCAAGUCGAACCCGCGCAAGAUGGUCAAGGUGUGGGCCGAGAAAGAGAUGCGGAACCUGCUGCGGCUCAAGGCCGCGGGCAUCCCGUGCCCGGACGCUGUGGCGCUCAAGCUCCACGUCCUCGUCAUGACGUUUAUCGGGCGCGACGGGUGGCCUGCGCCGCGGCUCAAGGACGCCAACAUCUCGACCGAGCGGGCACAGUCGGUCUACGUGCAGCUGGUCAAGAUCAUGCGGACCAUGUUUCAUGUGUGCAAGCUGGUGCAUGCCGACCUUUCCGAGUACAACAUCCUGUACCACCGCAAGAAGCUGUACAUCAUCGAUGUCUCGCAGAGUGUGGAGCACGACCACCCGCACGCGCUCGACUUUCUGCGCUCCGACUGCACCAACGUCACCGAGUUCUUCAAGAAGCUCUCGCUCGAGCCGAUGACCGCGCGCCAGUUGUUCGACUUUGUGACGGACCCAAACCUCGCCGACUCGCAGCUCGACGCGUACCUCGAUGCCGUCCAGGCCUUCAACGCGCGCACGACGCGGACCGCCGGCGACGACGUCGCAGACAACGUUUUUAUGAACGCGUACAUCCCGCGCAACCUCGAGGAGGUCAUCGACUACGAGCGCGACAUCGACAAGCUCGAGGCCGGCAUCAACGACGGUAUCUACUACGAAAAGCUCUUUGGCAUGAAGCCAUCGUUGCCCGGCGGCGCCGAGCUGCCUGCCGACGACGCCAGCGGUCUGCCCAACGGCGAGACCGCGGCCAAGACCGAGGCGGAUGAUGGCGCUGACGCCGGAUCUGUCUCGAUCCCGACUACGGUGCCGUCGAUUGGCGACGGCGUGGGCGACGGGAAGGAUGAUCCCGAGUACGAGUACGAAGAGUACGACGACGAUCCGCUCAAGCGCAAGGUUCUGGACCCGGAGCUGCAGAAGACAAUGACCAAGAAGGAGUGGAAGAAGCUGGUCAAGGAGCACAACCGGAUCAAGCGGCAGAACAAGAUCCCCAAGAAGGUUAAGAAGCGGCGGCAUAAGCUGGCCAAGCAGCGGUAAACCCUCGCCCCCCCCC